CAUGAUAUCUGUGUAAUCAUUGUAUCGCCGAUAACCUUGAACCUUGAGGUUGUUAUCAAAAUCGAAUGAUUUUUAUUGAAGAAUUAGUUUUUUUUAUGAAUCAUUCUUACGUCUAUUGAGAUAGUUAAGGACCACGGUGUCUAGAAGUUAAUGGAACGUUAGAAUCCCUGAAAAGUAACAUCCAGUUCGCUACCCUGAAGACUUUGUCGCUGGUUUCCAUCAGCGUCAUGUCACCACAACAGACUAUCAAGGAGUUGUUCCGCACAGCUGACUGUGUCUGCUUCGAUGUGGACUCCACUGUAAUUCAGGAUGAAGGCAUUGAUGAGCUGGCUAAGUUCUGCGGCAAAGGCGAUGAAGUGAAAAAACUGACGGCCGAAGCCAUGGGAGGUAGCAUGACCUUCCAGGAGGCCCUAAAGAAGAGGCUGGACAUCAUCAGGCCUAGCGUGUCUCAGAUCCGAGGCUUCCUGGAGUCUUUCCCCGUACAUCUAACACCUGGAGUAUCACAACUGAUCAAAGAGCUUCACGACAGAGGAGUGGUGGUGUAUCUCGUCUCCGGCGGGUUCCGGAGCUUGAUAGAACCAGUGGCGGCCAUGUUAGGCAUCCCGCCUACUAACAUCUUCGCCAAUAGACUCAAAUUCUACUUUAAUGGUGAAUAUGCUGGCUUCGACGAGAACGAGCCUACAUCCAGGUCUGGAGGCAAGGGCCUGGUGGUCAGACGGCUGAAGGAGCAGCACGGCUACCAGAGACUCGUCAUCAUUGGAGAUGGCGCCACUGAUGCAGAGGCUAGCCCGCCUGCUGAUGGUUUCAUUGGUUUUGGUGGUAACGUUAUUCGUGAGGAGGUCAGAAAGCGAGCUUCAUGGUACGUCACCGACUUCCAAGAGCUCAUAUCCACCCUCACCCUGCAGACCAAGUGAAGCAACAAGAGUUCGCAAUCAAUUCUUUUACUGAAAACGUAGUCUAAUACGUUGACAUAGAGAUCAAAAUGCCAAUUCAAAUUACACAAGACAUGCUAUCGAAUAUAGCAAGAAUAAGCCUUAUCUAACUGUGUUAAAGUCGAAAUUGUAUUGAUUUAUUAAUACUAGUCGAACGAUUAAACAUUCAAAGAAUGAAACGAAUCAAACAGUUUUCCUAUUAUUAGCUGGUCUGUGACCAACGUUCGGCAAAGUUCGGAAAAACGAAGAUUGCCGAACGAUUUAUUAGUAAUUGUGAUAUGUCGUAAUUUGUGUCUUGUUUCUGUAGUUUUAAGGUGUAUUUUGAUAAUGCAUUUAUAUGUAAUGUUCUAGUGUGUGAUGGUACUUUGAGUACAAAUUGUAUACGUGUGUGAGGGACUUAGUUCCAGUAGUUUUAAAUUAUUUUAAUUGAAUAUUUAGUAUUACUGCUCUUUUGACUCGACUUACACCAUUAUAUUGACCCUCAUAUUUUUAUGUAAAGCUAUUUGAUAUUCGGAUUUUUAAUUGAAUUAUUCAAAAUGGAUGAAAACUUUAAUUGACAGCAUUAUUAUCAGUUUAUAUAAUUUUAAAUGACUUAGUGCUAAGUUUAGUAAUCAGAGUAGUAGAUUUAAGUUUAGUUAUUGACUUGGGAUGUACCUACAUUUUGGUUAACAUUCGAAUAUAGUGACAAGAUAAUUCGAUAAAUUGAUAAUUAAAUAAUCGAUUAUAUGAACGAGUGCAGCUACUUAGUAGUACAAGUAAUAUUUCUUGUUCAAUUAUCAUUUGACGUGUUAUAUUUUUAAAUCGACUAAAUAAAUCGAUAAGGUACAUCUCUAGCUUCUAUUAUAAACAUAUUACGUUAACGUUUGUAUAAUGUGAGUGGUAGUUAUUGUAAUUGUUAAAAAUAUUGUUGGUAGUUAUUUAUUUAAUUAGUUGCCAUAUUUUUAAGUCAUUAUACUAAUGUGAAAGCAAACAUAUUAAAAACGGCUGUGUACUUCUUAUGAAUAGGUAAUUAAAUUAUAUAUUAUAAUAA